GUGUCUGACAGAAUUCUUUCAGCCAAUUAGGCUUCAGCUUGAGAAGGAGAGGCUGGAGGAGGGAAGGAGUGAGCGAGCUUUUGACACUCUGCAGCGAGUAGUGUAGCUAUGGGGAACACACAGGAGAGGCCUCCUGGCCAAGGAGAUGGACUGGGGACUAAAGCCGAACAAACCAUCCCAGGGAACAGAACACGUAGUAGGGCGGGCAGCACGGAGAAGCCUAGAGCGCAGAGACCUCCAGAGAAGAUGGCCACCGUGGCCAAUGGAAACCAGAAGACGGCGGGUCAAGUUGGGGAAAAGAAAAGUCAAGACAACAAAUCUAGGGUAGCUGAGGACACCAGCUAUCUGGAUGCCCCUGCAGGUGCCCUGCCACCCCAUUUGGCACGCCUGAAAAAUGAAGGGAACCAUCUUUUCAAAAAUGGACAGUUUGGAGAUGCAGUGGAAAAAUACACCCAAGCCAUUUCUGGAUGUUCUGAUGCAGAGGUGGACAGCCCAGAGGACCUGUCUAUCCUGCACUCCAACAGAGCUGCCUGCCACCUGAAAGACGGCAACAGCGUAGACUGUAUCAGUGACUGUACCAGAGCUUUGGAGCUCCAUCCCUUCUCCCUGAAAGCCCUCCUGCGCAGGGCCAUGGCCUAUGAGUCACUGGAGCGCUACCGUAAGGCCUAUGUGGAUUACAAGACCGUGCUGCAGAUUGACACAGGGACGCAGGCUGCCCAUGACAGCGUUCACAGGAUCACCAAGAUGCUCAUAGAGCAGGACGGUCCAAAUUGGAGAGAUCAGCUUCCAGAGAUCCCCCUGGUUCCUCUGUCGGCCCAGCAGCACCGCCAAGAGAAGCCCCACAGUGCCAAGCUCAACGAGGCCCGCGCUGCACAGAAGGAAGCCAAAAAACAGGAGGCUUGUUUCACAUCCUUCAAACAGGCGGGGAAUGACCUAGUGAGGAAAGGCCACUUCCAGGAGGCCCUGGAAAAAUACAACGAGUGCCUUCAGAUCAAGCCCGGUGAAUGUUCCAUCUUGACAAAUAGAGCCAUUUGCUACCUGAGACUGGACCGCUGUGAAGAGGCUAGACAGGACUGUGACGCCGCCCUACAGCUGGAGCCAACCAAUAAGAAGGCUUUCUACAGACGUGCACUGGCCCAUAAGGGUUUACAGGACUAUCUGGCUGCCACUAAUGACCUACAGGAAGUGCUACAGUUAGACCCUCAUGUCCGGGAAGCGGAAGAGGAGCUUGAGGUUGUGACUGGCCUGUUUCGACAGAGCCUUAUGGAUGGUGCAACAGACAAGCCCAGGGUGGGUGAACCUCACUACAGGACACACCAACAUGACAUGUUCACUAUUGGAACUGAAGAGGCUCCAGAAAAAGAAAGAAGAGAUUGAGAGAAGCCUAACACAAUAGACUCCUGGGCAGGACCCACAGAAAAGCUGUCCACGCCAACACACUCAUCCCACUAUGGAAAUUGCCAGUUUUGGGCAAAGAUAAAGGAUGUUAUCUUCAAUAGACUAGCUCUGGUUUUUAAGAGUCACAAAUAUUUUGUCCCAAAAAGCAGGAAUAUUUUUCCAUAACUCUUGGGCAGACAAGCAGCAGUGUAACUUGUCUGUUUUUCAGACAACUAGGCAGCUUUUCCUUUAGCAUGAUCAUAAACAGUCCCCCUGGUGGAUGUGAUAGAUAGAACAGCAGCGCUGCAAGCCAAUUGUUUACAUCGUGAAAGUACAUCUUGGAAAAUGGUUGUGAAAUACGAGCAGUAUCCAGAUGCACGUAGAAAGAGGUGUGUGCCUUAUCAAUAUUCAAACUCAAUUGACCAGAUUUGUGAAAUCCGUGAAUCAGUAACUCCUUAUGUGUAUGAUUCUUGAAAUAAGUUCUUGAUUCUUCGAUCAGUUCUGGAUUCUUGAAACGGGAAAACUUGUUCCAAGUUGGUCAGACCCGAUCAGUGACCUAAACACAAGUGGAUUUAAGUGACAGAUCAACCAAUCUUGUUUCACCAAUUUAGUUUCAAUCUUGAAUGUGACCAAGACAAUUGUAUGGGAUAUACAUUUAUAAAGUAUUUAUUGGUUUGUUGUAAAAUAUUGCCUCCUUAGUGGCCAGGGUAGACUUUACAAAAUCGACAUGUAAUGGCUUGCAUGUUCUGAAUCAAUUACUUAAGCAAUGUGGACGCUUUUCUUUGAAGUUGUUUUAUGACUUAACUGGCAAUAAGGUAAUUCUGCUUUUUACUGUAUAUCUUCAAAUCUUCAGCAUGCUUAUAUCAUUGACACAAAAUCUUUCUCCCAAAUUCUAUUCUCUACAUUACAAUCUCAAUUCUUUUUCAGAAAUUGUCCACACUGCUUGAUUCAGCUGUUUAUUUUGUUUAGAUAUGCAUAUUGUAAAGCAAAAAUGAGAAACAAAUAAAGUACAUCUCUCUUGCGCAGGUACAAAAUCAGACCUGGCACAAGUCUUCAAAAAAUACAAUGAAUAACAGACAUUUAGGAAGCGAAUAAAGUCCUCCUUGCGGCACUGAAUCAUUUCAGAGUUGAUUAUUAAGCAGCAGCACCACUGGGGACGGGAAAUUAACUGAAUGAAUCUGCAGAACAAACCAUACACUGACCCAGCCUGUUCCCCCAUACACUGACCCAGCCUGUUCCCCCAUACACUGACCCAGCCUGUUCCCCCAUACACUGACCCAGCCUGUUCCCCCACUUGAGCCAGCCACCAACAGACUGGUUGCUUCGUUUUUUUUAUUUUAUCACUGCAGUUUGUUUUAGCCCCCUCCCCCCACCCCCUUUCACUUGGCUAGAAUACAUAUAGUGAGCAUGGUCUGACUGCAUAAGUGUAAUGAAACUGGGGUAUACCAGUACGAACAGUUCUCAACAGUCUUGUCAGGCUUUGGCAAAGUGUUCUCUUGGAAAGUGUCUAAAAGUCUAAAUUUAGCGUACGCUUGAUAUCCUGGAAUCAAAGGGUUCAGGUCAGUUACAUUAACUUCAGUGCAGAUUAUUUCUUUUGACCUUGCCCUCCCCAAACCUCAGUUACAGCAUGGACCAAUUACAGGUCUGAUGUUUGUGUGUAUAUAUAUACUCAUUAGGUAAGGGUGAGACAGGGCAUCAGGCUGAACUACCAAAUUUGAGAAAACAUUCCUUCAUCCUGCAGAUUCCUCUGGAUAUCAAGCCCUCCCCAUGACCAUGCAGUUUGCUUUGUGGACAUUUGAGACAACAGGUCAAGAAGCAGCAAUAUAGACAGACACUUAAACAGGCCUGACGAUGAGGAAAACAAUUUUUUUUAAGGCACCAUUAAUACUGUACAUGACAUCCAUCAACAUUAUUUCAUCUACAACCUAGAAAGAUCCAAUAUAACAUUUUAACCAAAUUAAGUCAAACCUUUCUUUAAAUUUAGUUUGACAAUUCUCCAUGUGUCAAUCAAGCAAUCCAAAUGUAUAAUCUAAAUAACUGAAUGUAGCUUUUCUUCAGUGCAGGUCCAUACGGUUCUUCUAGGUCGUAGACACAUUUCAGCUUAGUCCAAGAAUAUUUCUCAUUCCUCUUUCAUCCAGCUUGGAGCUGCUUUGAUCCAUCUUCUUGAAAAGGAAGAUAAACAUUUGGUCGUCUUUUACAAAAUGGCAAUCGACUCCUCCCCAAAUCAGCCAAGCUUCUCAGAUCCACUUGUGGGGAUUUGAGAAGGGCAGGAUAGGGUUAAUCAAGAUGGUAGUAGCAUCUGACAGGCAAGACAGAAUGUCAUCAACAGCCAUUCUGUCUGUCCAAUCAUCUUAUAUCUAUAGUGUGCAUGUGGGUUAGGGCUGACUUGGCCCUAGGGCCUUCAACCCAUCACAUAACACUGGUGGACCUUACAGACUUGUUCAAAAGUUAAGAAACAACCUUGUCCUCUACAAUAACCCCCAAAAAGUACAAAA